AUUGGUUGUUAUUCGCUGAACAACGGGAAGCCAUCUUGUACCGACUUGAUGUACAGCUUUCUGGCAAGUAGACUGACAAGUCCAUAGACGAGCGAGAAAGGAGGCCGUGUUCAAACGAUACGAGCAACGAGCUUUAGUCCUCUACUAGCUAUGAAAUGCAUUACAAGUGGAAAAAUAGAUGUUCUCUCGUUACCUCAAGUUGAGCAUGCUAUUAUUACAAAUGGAAAAAUAGCGUAUAAGUGACAGUCUUGAAAAUACUAGCGUAAAAUGUGCGUCCUCGAGGUGGAGUCUGUUUGGUGCUUACUGAAAAUAACGCAAAUAGAGCCUCAGCUGUUGCUGGAAAUUUGGGAUAAAAAAAAGAUGAAAGUGUUUCAGCUUGAUUCAUCAGGAGAAGAUGAGUCCCCCAUGCUUAUUAAGGCUCUCCGUGUCCAGAAUAGAAACAUAGUAAGAGUAUUCAGAGUGUGAAGCGCAGAAAACAGAGGCGCUCCGUACCCCAAGGUAGAAGGUUUCUUUCGAAGAGUGCUUCCUUUUGAGUAGAGUUUUUGAAGAGAGUGUUGAACUUGAAGUUGAAGGUGCGACCAGAUAUUUUAUUCCUCCCCUCGAAUUUUGUUUUUCCUAUUCAGCACAGCCACCAUGCAUCCACGUUGAUGCGUGAAAAUUACAGUUGUUUUGGCCCGGAAAACCUGCUGCACACUGCAGGCACGUGAUCAAUUUAAUUUUCUGCAUGGAAAUCGCUCAUUCUAAUUGUUUCAAGACGGCGUUUAUACUUAGUAUAGAUACAUAGGUUGAUAGUGAUACACGCACGACGGUAACGGUCAUCUCCACUCGGCCGAAAUGUCAUUCCUAACUCGAUUUGUAACACCUGCGAGAGCGGGAGUUGCAGCAGGUGUGGGCGGUUAUGGACUCUACCAAACUGCUGGCUCGUCGUCGUCGACUACCCGGAGCGUCCCAGUGGAGCAAGAUGCGCGAAACUCACAACCGCACCAAUCCCGUUUCAACAUGAUGAACAGCAGCCCGUUCUGGAACGCAAACAGGAGGCGAUCAGUGCUGUGUGACGACGGAAAGUCGCCUUUCGACAUGGCCGAAAUGCAAGGAAAGCUUCUAGGAAUGGUCGGCAAGCCAGAGUGGAUCACGCCAGACACAAUGAAACCGCUUACAGGAGGUACGCGAAGAUGAAUCAUCAAUUAAUAUCAGCAAGUACUAGUACAACUACUACGUGAGAUUCUCAUCAUUUCGAUUUCGUAGAUUCUUCGGUGAACGAGAUGAAGAUGGUUCCAUUUGCUAGGAUAAUCGCAACAGUUACAGGUCGUUACCUCUGAAAGCAACCGACUUUGCAUUGAAAAAUUUUAUUUAAGUAGACAACCUCCUGCUUGGUGAUUCCUAAAUGCAGGUCUCACUUUCGGUGGCGCCACGGGUUUGGCAGCUGGUUAUGCGUGCAAGAAAGCGGGGAAAGUACUUGCCGUUGGAGUCGGCUCUCUUUACUGCCUCUUUCAAGUGGCUGCUAGCUACGGAUAUGUCACCAUCAAUUGGAAAAAGGUAUCAGAUCGUGAGAAAUUAUAAGCAUGAAAGACCAAGGUCAAGCAUCAGCAUCCUGUUAAUAACUGGUCCACCAUUAUUCUUAUUCGCAGAGUAGUUUAUAGCACGCAUGGUGCAUGGAGUCCAUGGAGUAGCAUGGAGUGGGAGCGCAGAGCUUUAAGGGGCGCAAGAAGCUCCUCCUUUAGCUCCAUGCUACUCCAUGUGAUCCAUGCACUCCAUGCCAUGCGAGCUGUGAAACCUUAUAAAUUUUUCUGUUAUUGUGCUUCUCAGUUGUACAACAACUACCCUUCUGGUGUCGUUUCGCAUUGAUAUCUAUUUAUUUGCUGCUCCGAUAGGGGGAUACGUUCCGGUGUAAAAACAAACUGGAGAGCACUGUAGACGUUUCCGGUGCGAGAUAUAGUGAGUUACAUAGUUGGUUUUGGCUAUCCAUCUACUGGCAAGGCUAUCCCUUGUUCUUAAUUGAUCGCAAAAAUCUAGUCAGCUCAUCAUUAUUGCCAACCACGCCACAGCGUAUCUAUGUCAUUACUCACAGGUAGAGAAAGACUGCAUGAAUAUCCUGGACACGAACGGAGAUGGGAAGCUAGAUGAAAAGGAUGCAGGAGUUUGGCUUCAAAAAGCCCUCAAUGUUCUUGCAACCGACGAACUCGAAGGUACAACUAUCGUUCACAAUUAUAAUUUCUCUUCACUUUCCUGGUGUAUUGUUCGAUACAACUGGCGCUGCAUCGAAGCGAUCAAAAAGUAUCAAUGAUGAAUACCUCGAACAAGUGAAGAAUAGUUCUUAGGGUCAAGAGCUUAUCUUUUUCCUUCCACCAAGGCAUUGCUUACUGAUUUUUAAGAAUGCGGGGCCACAAGCGCGACAAUGUCAACGAAGAUGGCGUCGAUACUGAGAUUUGAUUCGUCCUGCUGAGCUGAAGAACUGUUCGUACUUGUUGUUAGGUACCGCCGCAAAGAAUACGGCAACCGGCGCGUUUGCCGGCACUUUUCUUCUCGGUCUUCGGCGCGGUUAAACGGAUUUUUUCUCCAUUUUUAUAAUUAGGUAACGCAGCGAAAGGUGCAGCAACGGGCUCUUUCGCAAUGAUGUACCUUUACGGUUUUCGAAUGGGCUAGAAGAUGAAAUAGAGAUUCUCGGAUGCGGCAAAAAAUGUGUUACCUUUGUAGCUUUAUUUACUCCUGGAGUAAAGUCGACGCUCCUUCUGGUGCUACUGAUUCGCCCUCGUUCUCGUUUGUUAGAAAACAAGGUGACUCUGACUUCGAAGGCGCUGCGUUAUUUUGCCAGACGAUUGAAACCCACGAAGCCCUCCACAACCCACGGCAAUCUCACGACCCGCUGUCAAUCCUGCUGUGUCUACAUGAUUUCACCUAAUGGAAAAAUAGACAGAGAGAAUCAAAUAAAGUGUAGAAAGUUGUCAACAAACAUUGUCAAAAAUGGAUUUUUCAUCAUGUUGAUUAUUUUCGGUCACAAUCAUCUUCGAGUUCGACUUUUCACUCGGAAACAACAUCACCUGUGACUGUCCGGCCGCUUCCCUAAAAUUACCAGAAAUUUCGUUUUACACCCCCCAACUACUGUGGCAUCUAUUUUCCUCCUUAAGGCUUACUCGCGAAAUAAUGAACCGAAACCCUUCUAAUUGAAAAAGUACAUCAUUGUCAUACACAUACAACUACACAAUGGAAGAUGAAGCAUCGUGCACAGGAUACCAUUACCUAGAAAAUGAGGGAGAAUAGAUAAAAUUAUCAUAAUUAAGAACUACGCAUAAUAUGACUAUGUCAGUCAACAUCGACUUUUUUUGUCCCAUGAAGAUCAAACUCAGAGACGCAAACUACAUGCAAGGAUUUUGGCUAGAUGAAGCAAGAGGUCACUGUGCUUCCGGCCACUAGAGCAUGAGACUCAACACUUUGUUAAACAUGGACCCAAAAUGAUCUGCGAGUGCCCUGGAUACCAUAAUGUAUGUAAUGAUACUCUAUCUAUGUUGAUCGCCUCUGCAUCUGGAGGCCUUCCAUCUGCAUCGAUGUGCAGUAAAAAAGUAGGACGUUGCUCCUUCUUUAUUCCGCCGUCUCUUCGUGGUCUUUCAAGGACGCGGCUCUUCUAGUACGCAAGGCAUAUGUGGCUACGCGGCGCCUCUGUUCGUUACCUGAGACAGUCAGCAAUUCUUAAGAAUGAAAUGCGUGGGGGUGGUGCGACGCGUGCGCGACCCGCACAAUCAGACUGCCUCUCGCUUGACAGACACGAGAGAGUAAACUAAACGCAUGGCAGGGUCCUGCGAGUUCAUCAAUCCCCAAAAGCGGAGAUCAGAGUUAUGAGUAACGAUGUGAAAAUACAUGGGUCCUAGUCCUUAUGUAGGAUUGAAAAAAGCAUUAUCGUGCCCCCAACCAGAACCCGGGUUUGCUUUCAUUUUUUCUCACGAGGAAGAUGAAGAAGAGAGUUCUGCAAGCGAU